AUGAUUCCUCCCAGGCCAACGCGCGGCUCCCAGUUCUGGAAAGCCUCCUGGACGGGGCAGACGGGCUGGAAGGAGGUGACGCCACCUGUCCGCACACACCUGCUCCUGCAGUCAAGGCGGNCAGCCGCGCGCGGGAGCCCCGGGGAGGAGCGCCCGCCUGGCGCCCAGCCCCAGCCCCCGGCCGGCGACGGCGCGCGGCCCCCGGGAGCGCAGGGCUUGAAGAACCACGGCAACACCUGUUUCAUGAACGCCGUGGUGCAGUGUCUCAGCAACACGGACCUACUGGCCGAGUUCCUGGCGCUGGGGCGCUACCGGGCGGCGCCGGGCCGCUCCGAGGUCACCGAGCAGCUGGCGGCGCUGGUGCGCGCGCUCUGGACGCGCGAGUACACGCCCCAACUUUCUGCCGAGUUCAAGAACGCUGUUUCCAAGUACGGCUCCCAGUUCCAAGGCAAUGCACAGCACGACGCCCUGGAGUUCCUGCUCUGGCUGCUGGAUCGGCUGCACGAGGACUUGGAGGGCUCGGCCCGAAGCCCAGGGUCCGAGAAGGUUAUUUCCGUUUCAAAACAUGUGAAGGCCAUACAGCGAGAUGUAUCUGAAACUGGAACAGAAAAUCCUCAGCCCGAAGCCACCAGAACCCCCGAGAACCUCCCGUCACCAUCGGCUCAGCUCUCCCUAGGCCAAAGCUUCGUACAGAGCCACUUUCAAGCACAGUAUAGAUCCUCCUUGACCUGUCCCCACUGCCUGAAACAGAGCAACACCUUCGACCCCUUCCUAUGCGUGUCACUACCCAUCCCCUUGCGUCAGACAAGAUUCCUGAGCGUCACCUUGGUCUUCCCCUCUAAGAGCCAGCGGUUCCUGCGGGUUGGCCUGGCCGUGCCGAUCCUCAGCACAGUAGCAGCCCUGAGGAAGAUCGUUGCAGAGGAAGGCGGCGUCCCUGCGGAUGAGGUGAUCUUGGUUGAACUGUGUCCCACUGGAUUCCAGCGGUCGUUCUUCGAUGAAGAGGACCUGAAUACCAUCUCCGAGGGAGAUAACGUGUAUGCCUUCCACGCGCCUCCACCACCUGGCCAGGAGAUGCUCUCAGCUCAUCCAUCUGGUCUGUCGGUCUCCCCACGCUUGGCAGCCCGUGAGGGUCCGCGGUCAUCCCUGCCCGUCCAUAGCGAGAACAAGGUGCUAGUCCUCUUCUGUAACUUGGUGGGGUCAGGGCAGCAGGCCAGCAGGUUCGGGCCACCUUUCCUGCUGCGGGAAGACAGAGCCAUUUCCUGGGCCCAGCUGAGGGAGUGCAUUCUCAGUAAGGUCCGCUGUGUCAUGAAGAGCGAGGCCCCCAUCCAGAAUCCGGGAUCUCUGUUCUCCAUCCGGGUUGUGGGGCUUUCUCUGGCCUGCACCUACUUAUCCCCACAGGACAGCCAUCCCCUCUGUCACUGGGCAGUGGACAGGGCUCUGUAUCCCCGGAGGCCGGGAGGCCCCCCCCACAUCAAACUGGCCGUGGAGUGGGACAGCUGUGCCAAGGAGCGCCUGUUCGGGGGCCUCCAGCGGGAGCGGGUCCAGGAUGCGGACAGCGUGUGGCGGCAGCAGCAGGCUCCCCAGCAGCACAGCUGUACCUUGGACGAGUGUUUUCAGUUCUACACCAAGGAGGAGCAGCUGGCUCAGGACGACGCGUGGAAGUGUCCACACUGCGAGGCCCUGCAGCGGGGCAUGGUGAAGCUGAGCCUUUGGACCCUGCCCGACAUCCUCAUCGUCCACCUGAAGAGGUUCUGUCAGCUGGGCGAGCGGCGGCACAAGCUGUCCACGCUGGUGAAGUUCCCGCUCUCCGGCCUCAACAUGGCCCCCCACGUGGCCCAGAGAAGCGCCGGACCCCCGCCUGCGAUGGGCCCCCGGCCCCCCUGGAAGCAGCCGGCCGGCCUGCCCCCCGGCUACCCGCUGGACUUCCUCUACGACCUGUAUGCCGUCUGCAACCACCACGGCACUCUGCAAGGUGGGCAUUACACAGCCUACUGCCGGAACUCUCUCGAUGGCCAGUGGUACAGUUACGACGACAGCACGGUGGAACUGCUCCCGGAGGAUGAGGUCAAUAGCCGAGGGGCGUACAUCCUAUUUUAUCAGAAACGCAACAGCAUCCCUCUCUGGUCCGCCAGCAGCUCCCUGAGAGCCUCUACCAGCUCCUCCUUCUCUGAUCACUGGCUCCUUCGCCUGGAGAACAAUCACAGCGGCACCAGGGGAAGCCUGCUGUCCUGGAGCUCCAGCCCCAGCCCCUCCCGGCCCCAGGAGCCGGACCCUCCCAUCUUCACCGCCAGCCUCUCCGAUCAGGAAAAGGGAGGGCUGGAGCCCAGGCCUUUGGUACGGGGCAUACGAGGCCGAAGCAUCAGCAUGAAGGAGCCGACCCCUUCCCGAGCCAAGCAGGGGGCCUUCAAGACCAUGCCUCUCCGGUGGUCUUUUAGACCCAGGGAGAAACCACUGGGUGCGUCUGUCGAGCUGGUGGAGUACUUGGAGUCCAGGCGGAGACCCCGAUCCACGAGCCAAUCCAUCGUGCCGCUGUUGACGGGUGCUGCUGGUGAGGACGUGAAGUCAGAUGCCGCCAGCUCUGCUAAGGGCGAAGACGGUGGGCGAGCCACUGACAGAGCGCUGGCCGGGGUGCCCUGCCUCUCGGGCCACCCCAACCACUGUGCAGCCCCUGGAAUCCCAGAUGGUCCAAAUGCAGCAAGGAAAGCCAAGGAACAUGCAAGUCAGGAUAUCAGGCUCCCCAAACAGUUUGACCUGCCCCUCGCGGUGACGCCCUCAGUGGGGACUGAGAAACGAGUCUGGCCCUCGGGCCAGAAGACUGCAGACUACGAGGAAAGUGGCCAGGCAGGGAGCCGCAGCAGGGUGCCCUCCCCCGCCAAGGAGCCUGUGGGCACCGCGGCGUUUUCUAGAAACAGCGCAGACAACCGCCAGAAUACCUUAGCCAGGAUGAGGGCCAGCGUGGAGGCCAGAGACCCUGAGACGGACAGAUGCCCACAGGGGACCCUCACCCUUCUGAGAUCUGUGUUUUGGAAGAAGGAGAACAAACAUGACAGGGCGGAGGUGGCCCUCCGGGCGUCCCCAGUGUCUCUGGGGAGCGGCAGGCUGAGCCCAGCUGUGGAUGAGCACGCUCGAGGCUCCUCUCCUUCCUUCCAGAUCCGGGAGACCCUGGCCAGGGCCCCCGCCAACCGCCUGGAGAGGGACGUCUGGUCAGCACCCAGCUCUCUCCGCCUCCCUCGCAAAGCCGGCAGGCCCACGAGGGCCAGUGCCCUGGGCCCGUCACAGAGGACGGUUCCUGGGGACCACACUGCUUUCGGCACCUUGCAGAAGGUGAAAUACCACACUCUUUCCUUAAGCCGAAAGAAAACGUUACCCGAGUCCAGUUUUUGAUGGUGUGUGUUCCACUUGUGCACGAAGCUGGCGAUCCUUGUGACGGAGCAGCUGCAGGAACUUUGUGUUGUGUCGAGAGUGGGCUUUCCGGAAGCCAGUUGUCUUGUGACCCCUGAAAAUAAAGGGUUUUUUUGGUGCCCCCCCUCUCUAGAUCUCCCCACAACACAGCAUGUCCAAAUACCUUCCUGUACCUUUGGGUGCUUUUGAAUGCGUCGGCCACAAGAUGGUGCUGUUGAGUCAACAUUACCAUUUCAGGGCAAGAAUGGAUUUAUUUCCCUAAUUCCGUGGCCUGGGUACAUACACUUUAGAGCAAUUCACAUGUGGCCCAGCUUGACAGCAUACAACUCUGCAAGGAAGCCUCAUAAACGAGAGUCUUUGACAUCAAAUCAGCUCUUGCCAUCGGCUUCUCUUUUUCAAUGCUUCUCUGGGAUAAAGCCUUCGAGAUGCCGAAAAGUGACCGUCUAGCAGGAUUCUAGGAGAGAGAUGGAACAGAAAUGGUUGAGACCGUAGAAAGAUAUUUAAUAUAUAGCAAAAUAAUUGUAUUACUGUUUUUCAAGGUAUUUAAAAAAAAGAGAACUAUUUUGAUACUAAGAAUAGAGGAAGUUCUUCUAAAAAAAAUUAAGUAUGAGACCUAUGUACAAUUUUAAUAAAAGCCCAUCGGUGAAGCAUUGCAGAUAGCUCUCUGAGUUAUUCACGUUUAACAACUGAUCUUCCCCCCCCCGCCAAAGAUUUUAUUUUUAAGUCAUCUCUGCACCCAGCGUGAGACUCGAACUCACAACUCUGAGAUCCAGAGUUGCCUGGGCCGGCCGAGCACCCCAACCAAUGAUCUUGUUCUUUUCCUGCUGUGUCAGCUUGGCUCCUUGCUGUCGGUAUCAAAAUAGUGACUUGAGUUGUUUCUGAAACUUUAAAUGACUUUUGCUCUUUUUAGAGAAACAGGAGUCCCCUCCGGUCUGUCUGUCUGGAGGGUUUGUACUUACGAGGCCUGAGAGCCUGAGCCCGUCCCCACACACCAGUAGUCGACCGCCCCAUUUCCUUGAGCUUUAUUCGUGCCUCGGUAGUUGUUCUGACAAAUACCCUGUCACUUACUGGGAAGCUGCUACGCCCGACCCUGGGUCUGUACUUAGUCUGUUUUCUAGAAAUAUUUCCUCUCUGAUGGGAACCAUUUGUACAAGACAUCUGACUCCAGAAAUUAAA